GUACGGAACGAAGUGUGAGUGUGAGUGUCGCGAGCGAGUAGUCGCGAGCUUGCGGCUGAGCGAGUUGUCGGCGAGUUGCAGUGUUGUUGCUCUGUGCUCGCGAAGCAACGCGAGAUUUUCGUGCGUCUCGUCCCGUCCCAUCCCGACUCGACCUAGAGUGAUUGCAUGCCUACGACUAUCAAAUUGUUCGCUUAUCAAUCGUCUGCGCUUUCAGGAGUCCACUUCGACGCCGACGCGCAACGUUGAUCACUCGAUACACGGGCGUGAUGAGAGGAGCAACGGCGUCGCGGCGUUUCGCGUAAAAUGGGAGCUCGCGCGAGCCGAGUGCGAGGAAGGCUAGCUUCGUCGCGACGCGCAAUUCCGUGCGUGCGAGAGACGAUAUUGUGAAACACGAAGAAGAAGAAGAAGAAAAAAGUAGUAGAAGAACAACGUUGUGCGACGUCCCGAGAGGAAGAAAGAAAGAGAGAGAGAGAGAGAGAGAGGACAGAAAGGACAGAGACGAAAGCACAGAUAGAGAUAAACAGAUAAAAGGACCAGACGACGCGGGAGAAGAGACAAGGAGAGUGCGAGACCUCAAGAGAGCGAGCAUCAUCUUCCGGAGCAUCGCGCUGUCUCGCGGCGACAAUAACCUCUGCCGUUGUUGCUGCAAGCUCCGGUCGUGUCGCGAUCGCUCGCACGUCGAUCGACGUUCGUACGGUCAUUCGUCCGUCCGUCCGUCCUUCACGCCGAUCUGUCAUCAAUUAGAGAACGAGGAGGCGCGUUCCCUCAGCCGGCCGUUCGAUCGUACGGAAUGUUACCUUCGCCGCCGCCGUCGUCGCCGUCGCCGUGUUACGCUAAAAAUAUGCGGCAGUGAGGCAACCCGCGAACGGCGGCGGAGCACCGUGUCCGUGGCAGCGAAACGGCUCUCUCGGCUGUGUGCUAGGUCGCACCCGGAGCCGGUGCCGUAUUAGGAGGAGGAGGAGGAGGAGGAAGAGACCGAGGAAGAAGAAGACCUAGGGGAGUGAAGGGAGAAGUCCGCUCGCCGACGAGGACGAGGACAACAGCGCCGACGACGACGACGACGACGACGACGGCGGCGAAGGGGUAAUCGUCUUCCUCAUAAAUCGAGACCACCGUUCAAAGGACCACCAAGGAAAAUGGCGGAUCUCGAGGCGGUGUUGGCCGACGUCAGCUACCUGAUGGCCAUGGAGAAGAGCAAGUGCACGCCAGCCGCCCGCGCCAGCAAGAAGAUCGUCCUGCCGGAUCCUAGCGUGCGGAGCGUGAUGCACAAGUAUCUGGAGAAGAAGAACGAAGUGAACUUCGACAAAAUAUUUAAUCAAAUGUUAGGUUACCUUUUAUUCAAAGACUUCUGCGAGACUGUAGCGGAGGAACCGAUUCCGCAACUUAGGUUUUACGAAGAGAUCAAAGCGUACGAGAAGCUCGAGUGUCCAGAAGACAGGAGAAAACUCGCCAGGGAGAUCUACGACAAUUACAUUAUGAAGGAGUUGCUGGCGCAUUCUCACGAAUAUUCGCAGGAGGCGGUGUCGCACGUACACAAGUAUCUCAUGAAAAAUGAAGUUCCAGUCAACUUGUUCGAGCCGUACAUCGAGGAGAUUUUCAAUCACCUGCGAGGGGAGCCGUUUAAGAAAUUUCUGGAAAGCGACAAGUACACCCGAUUCUGCCAGUGGAAGAACCUAGAGCUAAAUAUUCAGCUGACGAUGAGCGACUUUAGCGUGCACCGAAUAAUAGGGAGAGGCGGCUUCGGCGAGGUGUACGGUUGCCGGAAAGCGGACACUGGCAAAAUGUACGCCAUGAAAUGCCUGGACAAAAAGCGCAUCAAGAUGAAGCAGGGUGAAACGUUAGCGCUCAACGAAAGGAUAAUGCUCUCGCUCGUCAGCACCGGGAUGGACUGUCCGUUCAUAGUAUGCAUGACGUACGCGUUUCACACGGCCGACAAGCUGUGCUUCAUAUUGGACCUGAUGAACGGCGGCGACCUGCACUACCAUCUGAGCCAGCACGGGGUUUUCAACGAGCCGGAGAUGAAGUUCUACGCCGCAGAGGUGAUAUUGGGCUUGGAGCAUAUGCAUCGUAGGUACAUCGUCUACCGCGACCUGAAGCCGGCGAAUAUACUGUUGGACGAGCACGGCCACGUGAGGAUAUCGGAUCUCGGAUUGGCGUGCGAUUUCUCGAAAAAGAAGCCUCACGCGAGUGUCGGUACGCACGGUUACAUGGCACCGGAGGUACUUUCAAAGGGCACCGCGUACGACUCGAGCGCGGACUGGUUCUCUUUCGGCUGUAUGUUGUAUAAGCUGCUGAAAGGUCACAGUCCGUUCAGGCAACACAAGACCAAGGACAAGCACGAGAUAGAUCGUAUGACGUUAACAAUGAAUGUGGAAUUACCGGAGACUUUCUCGCGGGAGCUACGGUCGCUGUUGGAAGGUCUGCUUCAACGGGACAUCAACAAUCGACUCGGCUGCCGUGGAAACGGCGCAGACGAGCUAAAGGAGCACUCGUUUUUCAGCGGUAUCGAUUGGCAGCAGGUGUACCUCCAGAAGUACACGCCGCCCUUAAUCCCGCCGCGCGGCGAAGUCAACGCCGCGGAUGCCUUUGAUAUCGGCUCAUUCGACGAGGAGGAUACGAAGGGUAUCAAGCUGACGGACGCGGAUCAGGAUCUGUACAAAAACUUUCCUCUAGUCAUCUCGGAGAGAUGGCAGGCUGAAGUGGCCGAGACUGUGUUCGAGACAAUCAAUAACGAAGCGGACAAGCUGGAAAAUAAGAAGAAGGCGAAGCAGAAGCAGCACUUUGACGCGGAUGAAAAGGGUUCCGAUUGUAUAUUACACGGUUAUAUAAGGAAAUUAGGGGGCCCGUUCGCGAGCACAUGGCAGACGCGUUACGCGAAAUUAUACCCGAAUCGGUUAGAAUUACAUCCAGAAUCCGCGACUAAACCCGAGCUCGUGUUUCUCGAUCAGGUCGAGGAAGUCGGGGCGGAUCUGCAGCACGUGAAAGGAGAACAGUGCAUCGUAGUACGUACGAGAGACGCGAAGAUCGUACUUACAAACGCUGACGAGAUAAGCUUGAAGGAGUGGGCGCUCUCGUUGAGAUCGGCGCACAAAUGCUCAAUGGAGAUGCUUGGCAAUAUGGCGCGGAAAGCGGGCAAGAUCUACGGGACUGAGCGGGACGCCGUGAUCCCGGCGACGCAGCGAUCCACAAACGGCAACUAGCCCAUUGUCGAUGUCAAGUGCGACGCACCGCCAUACUCCACCAGUCCCACUGCCCCGCAGCAGCGACAGCAGCAGCAGCAGCAACUUUUUUUAUACUAAACGGAGAGCGCACUGCGACGGCAAGAGGAAAAACAUAAAGAAGGGCGUCUCUCCGAAUAACGGCGACGGCACGCGGUAGUGCCCCCCACUCUUCCUCCUCCCGGCGGAGGAAACACACACGGCGCUUGUCUCUUGACUCGUCGCUCACGACGUAAGCGGAUGACGAUGAUCCCUCUCUCUCUCUCUCUCUCUCUCUUUCUUUCUCUUUCUCUUUCUCUCUUUCUCUCUCUCUUGGCAGACUAAACUCAGACGCGCGAAACGUCCCGAGGAAGUCCCGUUGUGUACGGCGGAUAGCGCUGCGCUGUAUCAUAGAGAUUUUAGCCAAGUAGUGUAUCGUACAUUGUGCGUACGUACGUUCCCAGGGCCACGAGCAAGUAGGCGCGCGCAAGCGAGCGAGCGCGCGCCCCUACAUAAAUACAAACACACGUACACACACACACACACACACACACACACACACACACACACACAUACGCACGCACAGAGAGACAUAUACAUCUAAUCCGCGGCUCUUCUGGUCACUGGCGUGGCUCGCGCGUAGGCAUCGUUAUAUUUGUACGUUAGUUGUAUGUGCAAUGUGACGUAGUGACUAGCAGCGACCGAGCCUUCCUCCCCCCUUCCCCGAGAGAGAGAGAGAGAGAGAGAGAGAGAGAGAGAGAGAGAGAGAGAGAGAGAGAGAGAGAGAGAGAGAGAGAGAGAGCCCGAGACAACGCCGACGUACAUACGUCAUCGGGCACGGUGAACAAAAAUUCAAUAGGCACGGAGAAAACAAGAGACACAUCCGGUAGUGUAUGAUUCUGAUGAAGUACUAGUAUCGCGCGGAUCCAGUACUCUUAUCACCCCCUACGCGUCGUGCGCACUCGUUUGCACAAUGUUUGGCAGACGUUUCUUCCGUCGAAGUCGGGGACGCGUCGGAUGGUCACGAUCGCGAGCCACCGCUCACGAUCUGCGUUACUGUGUUGCGUUAACUGUGUUUGUGUUUGUGUUUGCGAUCACUGAUGAGCCGGUUAUGUAGUAAUCCGGUUGUGACAGAAGCCGAGUACAGCCGAGUGUAAAUACGCCGUACGGUGUAAAUACUUUUCUAAUACUCUCUCUUUAUUAUACUCUUACCUGAUAGAUAAAAGUAUAAUAAAAAUACUUACAUUUUACACCUCGAUCGUCGCGUACGUCGCAAUUGCGUGACGUCGGAUGUCUCAUAUACUCAUUUCGACUCUUGGUCACGUGACCAAGUGGCUCGCAAUCGCAUUUGAUGAGCUCGCAACUUCGUCGGAGAAAUACUUUGUCGUCGUGCGUAAACAACUGCGUAAACGAGUGCACCGUUCUCGUUUACUUAAUUUAUUUACCAAUGCAGACACGUACACACAUACACACGACAAACACACCGGUUUUAUAUUAUCCCUACGAUAACAAAAGUGAGCCAUUAUUUAUUAUGUUGUUAAGUGAGAGAGAAUGAAAGAGAGUGAAAGGGAGAGAGAGAGUGAGAGGGAGAGAGAGAAAGAAAGAGAGUACGAGAGAAGCAGAGAACUCGUUUGUAUAUUAGCCAAAAAAAAAAAGAAAAAAAAAGAAAAAAAAACAAAACAAAGUGGAUCGAGUACCGACGCCAACGUGUGUACGCUCGAGUGGAUGUGGACGCGAAUCCGCUCUGGCAAUAAAAUGUGCGAUGAACGUAGAUUGAAGAGCUUUCUUUCGUCCUGCAUCUCGUGUUGUCAAUAGAUCGACGCUGAGGGCGAAGUUCUGCGAGAAUGAAUUACAUAUCAGUGUCUCGAGACGAGAGGAAAUUGAACCACGGUCCAUUUUUUAUACUGAAAACAUAAAGAAAAACGAUCGAAAUUUAGUACAUUUGUGGACGGCCGAUUUCAUUUCGACGUAAUAGUUACGCAUAUUAACGAACAAGAUAACAAGCUUCGAAGUCCGCUCUCUCGAGCCACGUCGGCGGAUCGCUUUCCUUCGACGGAAGAGGACACAACAGUCUCUCGACGACGGCGGAUAACCCGCACCACUCCUUGAAGUUCAACGACUCCGUUAUCUCUCCUAUCAUGGUCCUCAGAUAAGACCGCUGCUCGUCCGUCAACGCCUUCCUGACCACUUCCUGAAGAGCCUCUUCGACAUAGUUCGGCGAGAUGCGCCGUUCUCCUUGCGGCGUCUCCUCGUUGAAUUUAGUAAAUAUUCGGCCAAAUAUCAGCUUCCUGCCCGACGUGACGCACACGUGCUUGCUGAGAUACUGCAAAGGUGUUAAUCCUACAACAAACGUAAAUCCCGACGACACUUUAUCUCUCUCAGUGACCUUACAUAAAACGACCAGCGAAUUGUUUAGUAUGUAUAAAGAGGAUUUAAUUUUCGUCAAGACGUUA